AUGGACGAAAAGUGGGGAGAGUGCACCAAAGAGGUGAAGACUGUUUUGUCAGCUGGAAAGGUGAUGGCCACUGUCUUUUGGGAAUCUCAGGGUAUAAUCCUGAUAAUUAUUUUGAAAAAGGUAGAUCCAGCAACUGGGCCCUAUUAUGCUGCUCUGCUGGAUCGUAUGAAACAGGAACUCACUGAAAAACAUGCAAGAUUGGCAUGGAAGAAGGUGCUGUUUUAUCAGGACAAUACUCCAGCCCGCACAGCAGCUAUCACAAUGGCAAAAGUGCUCGACAUGGGAUUCAAAUUGGUUCCUCACCCACCCUAUUCACCAGACUUGGUUCUGAGUGAUUUCUUCUUAUUCCCAAAAUUGAAAAUUUGGCUUGGCGGGAAGAAAUUUUCAUCAAAUGAGGAAGUGUCCACCACUGUGACAGACUAUUUUGCAGAGUACAACAAAGACCACUUUGUCGAUGGGUUAAAAAAUUGGAAACUCGCUGGACCAAGUAUAUAG